AUGAUAGGAUCAAAUGACAGUCCCUAUCGAGGUGGAAUAUUUUUCUUGACAAUUCAGUUCCUAACAGAUUAUCCCUUCAAACCACCGGUUGCAUUUACCAUAAGAGUGUGUCACCCAAAUAUUACCAGUAAUGGCAGCAUUUCUUUGGGUAUUCUACAGUUGCAGUUGCUUCGCACUAUUUCAAAAGUACUUUUGUUCAUCUGUGCCCUGUUGUGUGAUCCCAGCCUAGAUGUAGUGCCUGUGAGUGCAAGGAUCUACAAAACAGCAAAGUACAGCAGAACAGCUUUGGACUGGACUCAGAAUUAUGCAAUCUAA